AUGGACCCUAAACGCCUCUCCUCAAGCUCUCAGCAGCAGGUUCGCCUCAGGAAGAAGAGGACAAAGAGAGAAUGGAGACCGCUGGAGGACCGGAGCUGCACCGACCUGCCCUGGUUCCUGCUCUUCACCGUCUUCUGCGUCGGCAUGGGCAGCAUCUGCGGCUUCACCAUCGUCACCGGCGGCGCCGCUCGCCUCGUCUUCGGAUAUGACAGCUACGGAAACACCUGCGGCCAACGCAACGAGCAGAUCGAAGGCGUCCGGCUGAGCGGCCUCGACCACACCGACAGGAAAGAAGGCUCUGAGCUGUGUUCCUAUGAGUUGGCAGGUCAUAAAUAUCCUGGUCUCCCUGAGAGAUUCACUAAAUGUCCCAAACUUCCAGUUCCUCCAAGCAAACCGCUGCCGGUGUUUAAUCGCUGCACGCCGGUCGACGUCUCCUGCUACGCCAGGUUUGCGGAGGCCGUGGUGACGUUUGUGGGUGACAACAGCGUUCUGCACCGACUGAUCGCCGGCGUUGCCGCCAGUAAAGAGAUCAUCAUCGGCCUGUGUGUCCUCGCUCUCGUGCUCUCGAUGAUCCUCAUGGUGAUCAUCCGGUACAUCUCCGCCGUCCUCGUCUGGAUCCUCACCUCGCUGGUCGUCCUUGGAUCCCUCGCGGGGACCAGCGUCCUCUGGUGGCUCUACAUCGACCACCGGCUCUACGGCAACGACACGUCCACCAAGGUGCCGAAGGAGGGGAAGGAGGAGGUGGAGGUCAGCCGGGACAGCGGCCAGGCGCUGCUCGUCUACGCCGUCGCCGCCACCGUCUUCACCAUCAUCCUGCUGCUGCUGAUGCUGUUCAUGAGGAAACGAGUCGCUCUCACCAUCGCUCUGUUCCACGUGGCCGGAAAAGUCUUCAUCCACCUGCCGCUGCUCACCCUGCAGCCCUUCGUCACCUUCCUCGCCCUGCUGCUCUUCUGGAUCUACUGGAUCCUGGUGCUGCUGUUCCUGGGAACCACCGGUAACCCGGUCCAGAACGAGGAGACGGGGCUGACGGAGUUCCGGCUGACGGGUCCUCUGCAGUACCUGACCUGGUACCACGCUGUGGGUCUGGUCUGGAUCAGCGAGUUCAUCCUGGCCUGUCAGCAGAUGACUGUGGCUGGAGCCGUGGUCACGUAUUACUUCACCAGGGACAAGAACCGACUCCCGGUGACCCCAAUCCUGUCCUCAGUCCUGCGGCUGGUCCGGUACCACCUGGGCACCGUGGCUAAGGGAUCCUUCAUCAUCACACUGGUCAAGAUUCCCAGACUCAUCCUCAUGUACAUCCACAACCAGCUCAAAGGAAAGGAGAACGCGUGCGCUCGCUGUCUGCUGAAAACUUGUAUCUGCUGUCUGUGGUGUUUGGAGAAGUGCCUCAACUAUCUCAAUCAGAAUGCAUAUGCAGCCACAGCCAUCAACAGCACCAGUUUCUGCACAUCUGCACGCGACGCCUUCGUAAUCCUGGUGGAAAACGCUCUGCGCGUCGCCACAAUCAAUGCCGUCGGAGACUUCGUGCUCUUCCUGGGGAAGAUCCUGAUCGUGACGUCGACAGCAUUCGCCGGUGUCCUCCUUCUGAACUACCAGCGGGAUUACGCCGAGUGGCUGCUGCCGCUCAUCAUUGUGUGUCUCUUCUCCUUCCUGGUGGCUCACUGCUUCCUGUCCAUCUUUGAGAUCGUGGUGGACGUCCUCUUCCUCUGCUUCGCCAUCGACACCAAGUACAACGACGGCACUCCAGGGAAGGAGUUCUUCAUGGACAAAGCUCUGAUGGAGUUUGUGGAGAGCAGUCGGCGGUUGGAGCGUGCCGUGGAGCGUGGGCGGAGCCGGGUCAAGGAGGCGGUGUCGGAAGGGGCGGAGAUGAAGCCCAUGGCUCCGGGGACGAGUUCAGCUUGACCAAAAUCAGCCAAUGGGACUUCUUAAAAAAGAGACAUUCCAAAUGUUUAUUUUUACCAACGUGUAACAUGUUUACUAUGGUUUCACUCCAGGGAAAACGAUAUUUUAAUAAGAAACUGUAAAAACGUAACAAUGUAAUGAAGCACUUUAUAUUGAAGCGCUGCAGAUUUUAAACCGGCUGAUGCAUUUUUUCGUAGUGAUGUCCUUUUUUAUAAAACUCACUGAACUCAUCGCUCACUCUUCGGUUCCUAACACUUCAGCCACUUUUUUCUUUGUUGGUGAUGUUUCUGUUCUGGAGACGACCUGCCACUCGCCGACACCACUCCUCACCUGGACUCCAUGUUGGAUAGUUGUGUCAUCAAAGGGGCGGGGCCUGUGGACAGGUGGAACAAGCAGCCAUAAAGCUCCGUCGUCAUGGAAACACUACCUGAAUGUCACCGGGACCCAAAUCCGAUUGGCUGUCAGAGGCUGAAGAUCAGUGUUUCUGUGUUGGACGUGUCGUCAUGAGCGUCAGCGGACCGCUGCCAGCUGCGAGGUGAAAGUCAUGUGACCAAGAACAGGGAAGUGUCCCCCGACCUCCGCACAAUCAGCACAUUUGUUUUAUCUACAAUAACUUCAGUAUAUGCAAUGAAGCAGAGUUCUACCUUCAUACGGUGAAUAUUCCA